CGGUGAGCCCUUAAUUUAGGUGCGACGAAAGAUUUUAGCAAUUGCUUCGCAGCGACUCUAUUUAUUCUCCGUCUCCAACAACUCUCUUCUUCUAAAUCUUCGCAGCUAUAUUUUCUCUUCUUGGAUUCGACUCUUGCGAUUCAGUUCAGAUGGCGAAUCAGGGAGAGGGAUCAUCGGAUCCAAAAUCGGUGAAGAAGGACUUCAGCACGGCGAUUCUGGAGAGGAAGAAAUCUCCCAACCGUUUGGUUGUUGAUGAGGCUAUCAAUGAUGAUAACUCGGUGGUUUCAAUGCAUCCGGAGACUAUGGAGAAGCUGCAGCUCUUCAGAGGAGAUACUAUUUUGUUGAAGGGAAAGAAAAGGAAAGAUACAAUUUGUAUUGCCCUUGCUGAUGAUACAUGUGAGGAACCUAAGAUUAGGAUGAAUAAAGUUGUGAGAUCAAAUCUUAGAGUGAGACUUGGUGAUGUUGUUUCAGUACACCAGUGCCAGGAUGUCAAAUAUGGAAAGCGUGUGCACAUUCUUCCAAUUGAUGAUACCAUUGAAGGCGUUACGGGAAAUCUCUUUGAUGCAUAUUUGAAGCCAUAUUUCUUGGAGGCUUAUCGUCCUGUAAGGAAAGGAGACCUUUUCCUUGUUAGAGGUGGCAUGAGAAGUGUAGAGUUCAAAAUCAUAGAAACUGACCCACCUGAGUACUGUGUAGUUGCUCCUGACACUGAGAUCUAUUGUGAGGGUGAGCCUGUUAAAAGGGAAGAUGAAAAUAGGCUGGAUGAAGUGGGUUAUGAUGAUGUUGGCGGUGUUAGAAAACAAAUGGCUCAAAUCAGAGAGCUAGUAGAACUUCCCCUUAGACAUCCCCAGCUUUUCAAAUCUAUUGGUGUUAAACCGCCUAAGGGCAUCUUGCUCUAUGGACCUCCUGGUUCUGGCAAGACAUUAAUAGCCAGAGCAGUUGCAAAUGAGACUGGAGCCUUCUUCUUUUGCAUUAAUGGUCCUGAGAUUAUGUCAAAACUAGCUGGAGAGAGCGAGAGCAAUCUUAGAAAGGCUUUUGAAGAAGCGGAGAAGAAUGCUCCAUCAAUUAUUUUUAUUGAUGAAAUUGAUUCAAUCGCACCCAAGCGUGAAAAAACUCAUGGUGAAGUUGAGAGGCGCAUUGUUUCUCAGCUUCUGACAUUAAUGGAUGGCCUCAAAUCUCGUGCACAUGUAAUUGUUAUUGGAGCAACAAAUAGGCCAAACAGCAUUGACCCUGCCCUUAGAAGGUUUGGCAGGUUUGACAGGGAAAUUGACAUUGGAGUGCCUGAUGAAAUUGGACGCCUUGAAGUCCUCCGGAUUCACACAAAGAAUAUGAAGCUGUCUGAUGAUGUUGAUCUUGAAAGGAUUGCCAAAGACACUCAUGGAUACGUUGGAGCUGAUCUUGCAGCGCUUUGUACUGAAGCUGCUCUGCAAUGCAUCCGUGAGAAAAUGGAUGUUAUUGACUUGGAAGAUGAAUCAAUAGAUGCUGAGGUGCUCAACUCUAUGGCUGUCACUAAUGAACACUUCAAGACGGCUCUUGGAUCUAGCAAUCCAUCCGCACUCCGUGAGACGGUUGUGGAAGUUCCCAAUGUCAGCUGGGAGGACAUUGGUGGGCUGGAGAAUGUCAAGAGGGAGCUGCAAGAGACUGUCCAAUAUCCUGUUGAACACCCAGAGAAGUUUGAGAAAUUUGGGAUGUCUCCUUCAAAAGGAGUGUUGUUCUAUGGUCCUCCAGGCUGCGGUAAAACUUUGCUUGCAAAGGCUAUUGCCAAUGAAUGCCAAGCCAACUUCAUCAGUGUCAAAGGUCCUGAGCUGCUAACCAUGUGGUUUGGUGAGAGUGAGGCCAACGUGAGAGAGAUCUUCGAUAAGGCCCGGCAAUCAGCACCAUGCGUUCUUUUCUUUGAUGAGCUCGACUCAAUCGCUACUCAGAGAGGUAGCAGUGUUGGUGAUGCCGGAGGUGCU